AAAUGGCACAAAAAACAUAUAAGAUGGAGAUUGAUGAAAGUAGUAAUGAAACCGAUGGAGACAAUAAUGAAACAAUUUUAGUUCUCAAGUCAGUAAUGCAAGAAUUGGACCUCACCUUAAG